AUGACGGACCCCGAAACUGCCAGGACGAUCGUCGGAAUCAUCGGAAACGUGAUCUCUUUCGGAUUGUUCUGCGCUCCAAUACCAACGAUGAUUAAGAUAUGGAAGAUGAAAUCGGUGUCGGAAUUCAAGCCAGAUCCGUACGUAGCUACUGUGUUAAACUGCAUGAUGUGGACUUUCUACGGACUUCCUAUCGUCCAUCCCGACAGCCUCCUCGUCAUCACCAUCAAUGGAACUGGUCUUUUCAUGGAACUCGUUUAUGUCACCAUCUUCUUCAUCUUCGCUUCCUCCGCUGUCCGCAAAAAGAUCACAAUAGCUAUGAUGAUUGAGGUGAUAUUCAUGGCGGUGGUGAUCUUCUGCACGUUGUAUUUCUUGCAUACAACAAAACAAAGAUCUAUGCUUAUUGGGAUCCUGUGCAUUGUUUUCAAUGUCAUCAUGUAUGCUGCUCCUCUCACCGUCAUGAAACAUGUGAUAAAGACAAAGAGCGUGAAGUACAUGCCCUUCUUCCUGUCAUUAGCCAACCUCAUGAACGGCGUCGUUUGGGUCAUCUACGCAUGUCUUAAAUUCGACCCUUACAUUUUGAUUCCAAAUGGUCUUGGAACCAUAUCAGGAACAAUCCAACUUGUAUUAUACGUAACUUAUUAUAAAACAACUAACUGGAACGAUGAAGACGAUGAUGACAAUAAAGAUAAGCGCUUCUCGAAUGCUGAAAUCGAGCUUGGCCGAGCUUGA